UUAAUUACAUGUUCAGUCAUCCUGAGGAUGAACUUGAUAACAGAAACUUUAAUGACUACUUCUCUUCAGAAAAUUUCAGGCAAAGAAACAUCAAUGUGUACUUGGUGAUUGAUGAGGCUCAUUGCAUUUUAGAAUGGGGCCAAGACUUCAGAAACAGUUCAAGAAACUUGCACAGAUAAGGUCAGUACUUAAAUGCAGAACCAUUGCUCUGUCAGCAACAGUAACAGAAUGUGGGCAGAAGCAGAUCAGUCAGAGCCUUCUUAUGAAAGACUUCUCUGCAAUAUGUGCAAGCCCUGCCAAAAAUAACAUUGCACUGAUAGUUACCAGCAGGCCUAGUCCAAAUGCAAAAGGAAACUGUGCAGAAACACCAUACUAUUACAUAUUCAGUUCUGUAAUAGAUGAACUGAUGAAAAAACAGGAUACCUUUCCUAUCACCAUCAUCUAUUGCAAAUCAAUGCAGUGGCUGGGUUAUGGCUACCAGGUUGCAAGACAAAAAUUGGGAAGUUAUUUCUAUGCUGGAGAGAGCAGACCUGAGAACUCCAGAGUCGUCAUGUUUCACUCUUCUAUGGAAAAAGAUUUACUUAAAGCGUAA